AUGGGAGCGGCCGCUGCGGGGGCGCGCGCCGGAGGCUGCCAUGGCAACGCGCGCCACGUCAGCGAGCGGCCCCGGCCGGGCCGGAGGGGAGGGGCCCAUAAGGAAAAAACCCAAAUCCCCCCAAAAAUUCGCACGCGAGUCCCUGCGGAGGAGGAGCCCCGCGGGGAACAGCCCUCUCAGCCAGACGGGCCCGGGAACCUUGCCGGUCCGGGACCGGUGAGACACCGCUCGUCCCGUUAUUCAGAGGGGGCGUGGUGUCACAGGCUCAGAACAUCCCGAGUUGGAAGGGACCCACCGGGACCAUCAGUCCAACCCUCAGCCCCGCACAGGACCCUCCCCAAGAGUCGCACCGUGUACCCGAGAGCGUUGUCCCAGCUUCCCGAGCUCUGCCGGGCUCGGUGCUGCGACACGGCCCCGGGGCUGUGUCAGCGCGGCCGCAGCCACAGAACCGCCCACGCGGCCCCCCCGGCGGCUGCGGGACCUUGUGCAACCCGCAUCAUUUCCCGGGAAGGCUCCUGCGUCACGGAGUGGUUUCCCCCCCGGAUGACAUCCCUUCGGAAGCCCUUAUGCCAGAGCGAGCGAGGAACACGCCCGUGUGAGGUGUCCGUAGGCGGUGCUGCCGCAAGCAGCCGAGCCUCCAGUGACUGGGAGGGGACACGGUGGACUCUGGCCAGGCAGAGGUCACCCCGGCGCUCCCAACGGGGUUUUCAGCCCUGCUGGCGCACAAGUGCCACAAGAACAGCACACUGCACAACCACUUCCUACUGAAGCAUCGUUUAUUAAUCACCUGUAUCAAGCACACAUCUGCUCAGCAAGGGUGCAUGACGGGAUACAACAGUUGACAUCUAACCCGAAGGGAGGCACGUGGUUACAGGAUCCGGGGCCACAGCAGGAGGAAGUGUACUGAACCCUCUGGAAAGACAACCCGGGUGCAACACGGUGCCCGUUGUUAGGCUAUGUUGUUAGGAGGCUGAAGACCAGUGAGAAUAAAAUUAGGAAUACAGCUAAAA